CUGCCGCCGCCGCCGCCGCUGCCCGGGGCGGGGAGUUAACCAGGGCUGGGCUAGGGCAGGUGGGGUCGGUCGGAUCCCCAUGGAGCGGGGGAAGAUGGCGGAGCUGGAGAGCCUGGAGACGGCGGCGGAGCACGAGCGGAUCCUGCGGGAGAUCGAGAGCACCGACACGGCCUGCAUCGGCCCCACGCUCAGGUCUGUCUAUGAUGGAGAAGAACAUGGUCGUUUUAUGGAGAAACUGGAAGCACGAAUCAGAAACCAUGAUCGUGAGAUUGAGAAAAUGUGCAACUUCCAUUACCAGGGCUUUGUGGACUCCAUCACAGAGCUGCUGAAAGUUAGAGGAGAAGCUCAAAAGUUGAAGAAUCAAGUGACGGACACAAACCGGAAACUGCAGAAUGAAGGAAGAGAACUGCUCCUGGCCAUGGAAGAGCUGAAGCAGUGCCGGCUGCAGCAGAGGAACAUUUCGGCGACGGUUGAUAAGCUGACACUGUGUCUUCCUGUCCUGGAGAUGUACAGCAAACUACGAGAGCAAAUGAAAUCUAAAAGGCACUACCCUGCACUGAAGACCCUGGAACACCUUGAGCACACGUACCUGCCCCAAGUGAGCCACUACCGCUUCUGCAAGAUCAUGGUGGAUAACAUUCCAAAGCUGAGGGAAGAGAUCAAAGAGGUUUCCAUGUCAGAUCUCAAGGAUUUCCUGGAGAGUAUCCGAAAGCACUCGGACAAGAUUGGAGAGGCAGCAAUGAAGCAGGCACAGCAGCAAAGGAACCUGGACAAUAUUGUAUCACAGCAUCCCAGGAUAAGCGGGGGGAAGAAGUCCAAGAAAGAAGUCUGCGCAAGCUCAGAUCUGGAGGUAAAAAACACUAGCCCCAUGUCUGAGCAGGAUUCGGGUAUUCUGGAUGUUGAAGAUGAGGAUGAGGAUGAAGAGGUGCCUGGUGCCCAGGACCUGGUGGACUUCUCACCAGUGUACCGAUGCCUGCACAUAUAUUCUGUCCUGGGAGCCCGAGAAACCUUUGAGAACUACUACAGGAAGCAGAGAAGAAAACAAGCCAGAUUGGUCCUGCAACCUCCUUCGAACAUGCAUGAAACCUUAGAUGGCUACAGGAAGUAUUUUAAUCAAAUUGUAGGGUUUUUUGUAGUUGAAGAUCACAUCUUGCACACGACACAGGGCUUGGUAAAUAGAGCCUACAUUGAUGAGCUGUGGGAGAUGGCCUUGUCAAAAACCAUCGCAGCACUCAGAACACAUUCAUCCUACUGCUCAGACCCAAGCCUGGUGUUAGACUUGAAGAACCUCAUUGUCCUCUUUGCAGACACACUCCAGGGAUAUGGCUUCCCAGUGAACCAGCUCUUUGACAUGCUGUUGGAGAUCCAAGACCAGUACAGUGAAACCCUGCUGAAGAAAUGGUCAGGAGUUUUCAGAAAUAUACUUGAUUCAGAUAACUACAGUCCCAUCCCAGUGACAAAUGAAGAAGUUUAUAAGAAAAUAGUUGGACAGUUUCCAUUCCAGGACACAGAACUUGAAAAGCAACCGUUUCCAAAGAAGUUCCCCUUCUCUGAGUUUGUGCCUAAAGUUUACAAUCAGAUUAAGGAAUUCAUCUACGCCUGCUUGAAGUUUUCAGAAGACCUUCAUCUGAGCUCCACUGAAGUUGAUGAUAUGAUUAGAAAAUCGACAAACCUGCUACUGACCCGAACGCUGAGCAACUGUUUACAGAACGUCAUCAAGAGGAAAAACGUCGGGCUGACAGAGCUCGUACAGAUUAUUAUAAAUACGACCCACUUGGAGAAAUCCUGCAAAUUCCUAGAGGAAUUCAUCACCAAUAUCACCAAUGUGCUUCCAGAAACUGUCCACACUACGAAACUCUACGGGACCACAACCUUCAAGGACGCCCGCCAUGCUGCUGAGGAGGAGAUUUACACUAAUCUGAACCAGAAGAUAGACCAGUUCUUGCAGCUGGCAGACUACGACUGGAUGGCCAUGGAGCCAGGCAGCAAGGCCAGCGACUACCUGCUAGAUCUCAUUGGCUUUCUACGUAGCACCUUUGCUGUGUUCACCCACCUCCCGGGGGAUGUAGAUGUCCACUCUACAAUGUCGGGGAAGGUGGCACAGACGGCCUGCAUGUCGGCGUGCAAGCACCUCUCCACCUCGCUGAUGCAGCUGCUGCUGGAAGCCGAGGUGCGGCAGCUGACGCUGGGCGCCCUGCAGCAGUUCAACCUGGACGUGGAGGAGUGUGAACAGUUUGCCAGAUCCGGCCCAGUGCCUGGGUUCCAAGGGGACACGCUGCAGUUGGCCUUCAUCGACUUGAGACAACUCUUGGAUCUCUUCAUCCAGUGGGACUGGUCAACAUAUUUGGCUGACUAUGGGCAACCCACGUGCAAGUAUCUCCGUGUGAACCCGAUGACAGCCCUUGUCCUGCUGGAAAAGAUGAGAGACACGAGCAGAAAAAACAACGUUUUUGCCCAGUUUCGGAAAAACGAGAGGGACAAGCAGAAGCUGAUAGACACCGUGGCCAAGCAGCUCCGCAGCCUGAUCAACAGCCAUCACUCGUGAGGGACACGGGGACCUCCUGCCCGCGCCGCUCCCGGCCCCGCAGCCUUCCACAUGCCUGGACUUGGGAUUCUUGUUCAAAGAGAGUAUAUGUAUUUUUUUAUUCACCUGUAUAGUAUUCAUCAAACCUACCCUGGUGAUUAAAACGCCCCUUGUUAAACAAUCCCGGGGAAGAUUUAGGCGGCACUUCUUGGGAAGGUGGUGUCAGGAGUCUCCUUUUAUAAACUCCUAUUUUCAGGGGUUUAUAAAGUGACAGUAAAUCCUGAAGCCUGAGAGAGAAGUUCACACCCAGACUAUUUUUUUUUAAUUAUUUUUUUUUUAAAUAAGCCAAAUCAAAAGGAUCAGUCUGACUUCCUUUCAGUAACUUAUUCAGUUGCAGAACAAAUGGAAACAAAAAAAAUACAGGGAGGAGUCGUGGUUUCAGGUUCUUUUCAUGGGCUCCUGUAAAAGGAGCCACCCAUUCAGAAAGAGGGACACUUGUGUGUCUUGCCAACUUGUGUUUUGGAUUUAGGUAGGAAAAGAGGCAAACUGAGUUCACAACUUUUCUCCUCUUUUGCCUGGAAGGGCUGUUUUCCACCUUGCAGAUCACUGAAGCAUCAACCCCUUUGCCACCCUUAGUCAGCAGAGCCACCCCCUGAGCUCCACCUCCAGGACUUACUGGUGUCUUUUGGACCUGCCCUGAAUGUGGAAGGGCUUCAAGAGCUGCCUGCAUAAUGGGAUUUGGAAAAAGGAGAGCCAGAAGGUCAUCUGGGAAGGUGUGUGGUGCUGGGAUGCAGCUGCUGGCAUCUGGCACAGUCAGCUAGUGGGAGAGGAGGGAUGCUCAGCAGAGACAGUGCCAAGACAGACAGGGCUCCGCUGGUGUCCAGGGAACUCUGUUCAGGGUGGUUUCCUCUCUUUGCACCUCUUUUCCAUGCUGAUGUCCCAUCUUCCCUCUCCUCCUGACUUGGUGCGAUGGGGUGAAGUAUAUCUGCUUAGUAUAUCUGCUUCUCACAAGCUCCCUGGCCUGGAUGAUGAGAAGGAACCUCCUGUAGGUUCCCCAAAGUGGAUGCAGUGGGAGAGGUGCCCUGUGGAGCAGCAUCACUCAGCUCCCCCUGGCUCAGAAGUGCCUAUGGACAAAGUAACCCUCUCAGCUCUGGCAGUGCCCAAACAUCCUCCACUCAGAACAAGACAGCCUCUGAGGAGGACAGUAAUGCUGCCAACAGGACUUUAAUCCCAGGGUUCAGAUUACUGAGAGAGGGGUCUUUCACCCUUAUCUUCUUGUUACCUUUGUGACUCUAACUCCUGCAGGUGAAAGCUUAUCCAGCCAGAUCCCCACCUCCCAAACCCUGAUUGUUAAAGGGAAUUAAAAUCAUCCUAGUUUAUGUCAAGACCCUAAUGAUGCUGCUUCAGCAGGGCAUGAUCCUGUUGCCUGGGGAGCUCUUCUGAGACUCAAGCUAUGGAUGCACAAAGGGGAUGGUGUUUUAUCUUCACUCCUUGUUCCUCAGCAGUAGUUUUUUCAUUUGUUUGCUUGCUUUUUGAUAAGGGUACAUGUUAGUUAACCCUGAAAGUAAAUAGGCACGUUGUCAGCAGUGACCUUCUGGGGCUAUUGACCUGUCCUAGCAGCCUCCAGCCACAAGGACCAGGGGAUUAUUUUCAUUAAUAGGGGGGAAGAGCCAAACUUGGUUUUACAGUUCCUUGUUUUUGGGAAGGAGAAAUCAGGGGUUACUUUCCUCUUGAUGCCUCUUUGGAGAACAUGUAAGAAGGAUGGAGGGAAAAAAAGGCAACUGAAUGAAAGUUGGGGUUAGCAUGUCCAGGAGUGGAUCAUCUUCAUAGAUACAUCUACGGAUGACCCAGCAAAGCCAUGGCCCCUGUGAACCCCAGGGGAUCCCCAGCUCUAUCUUGGCAUCCCAAAUCCUGCACAACUGGGAAGGAAAAAUUGCCCAGCUUGCUGGACUCCGAUAGGAAACUUGCUUACCAAAUUGUUGUAGAACAGAAGACAGGUCCUUGUGGUUCCAGCAGCGAUGGGAGAGGCCUCAGUCCUCCAGCCAAGACGUGUCCCACAAACCUCAGGACCACAGGACUCUUUUAUUCCUCCUCUUCAUCCCUCAGUGGUGCCACCAUGAGAGUGAUGUGGGGACAAGGAUGCAAAAGGGGUGGCAAAAGCCCAUGGGAUCUGCUGGUUCAAGCGUCAGGAGGUCGAAGUUAAAAACCCAACUACCCAAUGCUGACAGUACCAGGGGAAGCUUCAGGCCACUGGGCAUUAGGGGCCAUUAAAUAGGAACAAGCACUUUAAAAUCCUUUGGAAUUAAGCUGCUACAGAUGCUGGCACUGGUGUCCCUGAGCAUCAGCAGGCAUGACAGAAAAAAUCUCUCUGGCAUUUUCCCAUCUCCACCGAGCUGUAGUUGAAAGUGGAGUGACACGGCAUUGCUGUGCCUACCCGGGGUGGAUUUCCUUGCUCCUUUAACCUCUUUUUUGGAGACACUAGGAUUGGGACCCUUUAAACCAGCUUCUGGCUUUCAGGACUUGUUGCUGGAAAAGUCAAACUCAGCCAAGGGAGAGAUUCAGCAAGGUUCUGAUUUCGGGAGGUCAAGAGCCUAACCACAAGUCACAGAUCGGGAUAAAAAAUGGCAUUUUGGUGCUCUGGUCCUAAUUAACUUUUUGUUCUAAGAGAUGCAUUUCCAUCCCUUCAAAAUAAAAUUAAUCUUUUAAACAGAUUGCUUAAAAAGCCCUGGAAGACAUUUAAAAUCCUCUCUAAAUCCCUUACUAAUGAUUGGUGUCCUCCGAUACGGAUGGUGUUGCUUCUGAGGGAAAGGUUGUUGCUAUAAAUUUAUAAGGGGGGUGGGGAACAAGCACCAAACCCGCUGCUGUAAUUGAAGGUCUGCAACCCCCAAAACAAAUAAUGCUGCUAUUAACACCUCCAUGUACAUACAUUGUACCUUCCUUAGGUUGUGGUUGGUUUUUUUUGAGCAGUGGCUGUAGAAAAGACUUGGUUAUCCCCCACCUUUUUCCCAUCCCAGCAAACACAUUCCAGCACCAGUGGGGAAAAAAUAUCUAUAUUAACAAAAAAGGCAAGUUUGGCUUCCUGAGAAGCAUCUGCACAUCUUAUCUUUUGUAGAAUAUUCAGGGGUUGUGCAGGCAGCCCAGGGGUUAGGAAUAAAUUUGUCUAAGGUCUCUAAAGUGCUAAUUUGCAGCCCAAACUGUACCUUUACUUGAGGGGAGAAGCCUCCAUGAGACAUCAGCUUGUGUGCAUGUGUGUGAGAGAGAGGAGGAGAUUUUUUUUCUGAGUGUUUGUUUGUUUUGGGUUUGUUUUUUUUCAGACUCCUAGGGCUGGAGUUCAAGUCAGAUGCCCUUGAUGAUUUUGCACUUUGUUCUACAUCCACCCGCAACUCCAGGCUCUGGUGGGGAGCAGGGGGAGAAGCUUUGUUUGAGAGGCUGCUUUGGUUUGGGUUGCUUAAAAAAUGGUGCCACUAUGAAAAGGGACGUUGGGGCAGAAGGUGUGGGUGUUUGUGCUGGCCCCAAAACCGUUGGCAGGGGGCUGGGAAGCAGCAGGAAAAGCAGAGGUUUGGAUGGAGCUGGGGCUGAUCCGGUGACAUCAGCUGCCAUCAGCAGCUCCUGCACUGACAUUGUUUUUUUGGGUAAAAAUCUUUUACCCCUCCUGAGGUAGUGAUGGUGGGAAGCAUCAGGGGAGGGAGGUUUGAGGUGGGUGUCCCUCUGUCAAACCUUCCAACCCCUCUUCAAGCCCCAGGCAGAGAAAUCUUGGCCCGCGGUUGUUUGCGGCUUCCUGUCAGGCCUUCGCUCGGCUUUUCUCUUGAAUUCAGAGCUGGUUUGGGGGCUUUUUUGAAGUAUCAACUGGUUUGGAGCAUCAAACCACCCUUCAGCACCCCAGCCCAGAUGCACAUCCCCUGCCCAGAUGCCGUGGGUCUUCUGGAGUCUCUGCUCCCCAUUUCUCCUGGCUUUGGGGUGCCCAGAGACCCCGUGUGGGUCCCCCCCAGUGCAACUGGUGUUUAUCACAUUGGUGGGGAGCUCCAAGGGAACAUGCAAAUAAAUCCCAUCACAAAUGACUUCAAGAUGGGCCCAUCUCUGCUGUCAACUGGGAAAGUCUGAGGGAAGUGACCCAAAUAGGCUGCGCUCUGGGUGGGAUUCACCCCAAAAAAGAGCAGAUGGAGGCAGAGGGGUACUCAGCCUGUGACCUGGGGACCUGCUGAUGGGCUUCACCUCUUCAAGCCUCUCUCUUGCACCCAGGGUCACACUGGGUGCUCAGGGAUGAGUGGGCUUUGGUUGCAGUGAGCACCCCAGCAUCCAUCCCACCCACAGCAUCUCCAGCUCAGGGGACAGCACCCCAAAACCUCCAUGGGCAGCUCAAGGUUGGGCUUCUGGAAUCUGAUCUGCACCCAGUUUCCUUCUGCCUUGGCUCAUCCCUCAGAUUUUGUUUUGACAUCAUCCCCAUCCCUCAUCCCCAUCCUUCCCUGUCCACUGGCUGCUUGUGUUGCCUUUUCUCAUUAUUUUAUUUUUUGGGGUGAAGAACGUGACUUUGUAAACUAAUGUGGUGAGAACAGCUUUUUUUGCACAAGUCAUUGCACAAUAAGGGGAAAAUUUAGUAAAUUAGGUUUAACUUUAAAGGGAACUUUUUUUUUUUUUUCCUUAAAACUCACUAGCAGAGCUACUGAUUGAAAGAAAAGAAAAGAAAAAAAAAAAAAGAGAUGGACUGAUUAAAAAAUGGACUGCAUGGUUUACAGGUUAAAUUGCAUUAGAAAAUUAGCAUGUUGAUCUCCACUGUACAUUUAUCCUAUUGUAACUUCUAUUAAACAAUACAGCAUAUAA